UCCUAAAAAAAAAAACAAACACACACACACACAACCUAGUCACACACCAGCAGCAGCAACAGCAGCUCCACUGUCCCAAGACCGAGGAACCAGAGAGGUGCCCCCGCUCAGCUCCACACACACAGCCCACACUACCGCGGAUCUCUGCGUCACUGACCAGCGAGAUGAGUCAGGCUGAGCAGGCACCUGAGGACAAGCCUGCAUACCUCGAUAAUGAGCCAGAUAUUACAGAGGGCAACAAGGACCACCCACAGGCACAGCCGGGCAUGUUUGGCAGGUUGGCGGGCGGCCUGUAUGGUGCCACCAGGGGAGCUAUAGGCGCAACGGUGGGCGGCGUGGCGUGGAUUGGAGGAAAGAGUCUGGACCUCACCAAGAGCGCCGUCAGCACUGCAGUGGCUGUGCCUGGCAUGGGAGUGGGGCUGGUUAAAGGCGGCGUGUGCGCUGUAGCUGGAGGAGUGUGUUCUGUCGGCUCUGCAGUGGUCAGCAGAGUUCCCAUAGGAGGAGGUAAAAAGAAGGACAAGUCUGACUGACGGGGAGAAGAGGAGGAGGAGGAGAGUGAGCCCACUCAGCCAAGUUGUGUGAGCACGCACUGUUCGGAUUUAUCAGCAAGUAAAGACCAAAAGAGGACAAAAAAAGUUCAGUGAACAUGUUUGGGUGAAGGGGUCUGUUUUUUUUUUUCAUUUCUUUAGCUUCUGUUAUUAUGUGGUAUGGACCCGCAAAGCAAGAACUUACAAAGACUCUCCGACUGUUAAAGGAAAAUACAUCAAACCAUUCUCAACAGUGGCUGAAAUUGCUUGAAUGAGUUAAAUUUUUUAUAAGAAAAGUCACGUCUGUGUUUUCCCUACAGUCACUUUUGCAGCAGGAGAACAGCUCAGGGUGUAAAUGCUUCAUUUCACCUGCAAGACAAUCAAUGAUCUGUGAUGAUCUAAAACUGUCUGGAAAUGGAAAUAUUUCACUCACAAAUAAUAGACAUGUAUUCACCUUUGUUCACAAAUAAACAAAACAGUCUGAAGAUGUGAUUUUAUACAACAGUCCAGUUUCAUAUCUACACUUAAUCACCUGAAUAUUUGAAAUACUUGUGAUGAUUAUAUUGUCAGCUCAGUGGAAGGCAACUUGUAUUUUUGUUUCAUAAUCUAACAUAUUACAAUAAAAUGUGUCGCAAUCUAAAAAUAAAAUAAAAAAUAAGAAUAUUUACAUUUUGGUUUAUCUUUAUCUUUAUCUCCAGUCAAAGCAUUAAUUGAUUUACUGUGACUGUACCAGUAGAGUCCAAGUUCAUUGAAUCUUGUUUUACAUUCUGCUCUUCUUUUGACUGGUUAUUUUGACAGUUACUGCGACCUGUCGGUUUAUUUUGCUCUCAUAAAUUCCUUGAAAAAAAAUAAAAGAUGGAUAAUGGCA